AUGUCGACCGCAUUGCCUCAACCACCUUCCUCUCCGUCGCCUGAGUCCCCAAACGUCGCCGAACACGCGCAUCCGGUGCGCUCCCCGACAUUCUCUCCACCCCCCAACCCAUUACACGAAGAAGGACUCCCGGCUCUCGAAGACGUAUUCCGCGAUCCAAUCCCUUUGAUGGUGGCGGAGAACGCGCGGGGAGGUCUUUCCCCGACCACAAUGGACACUCCCGCCCGAGACGGCGCUGUCGACGACCACUACGCUCAUGAGAAACCGGGCGCCCUCAGUGAUGCCCAACGCCAUAAUCCUGCAGUUGACCCAUCGACGGUGGAAGACCCCGCCCAUGACGAUUCGAACCUGUCCCUCCCCCCUUUGCCCGACAACGACGAUAGCAGCCUUUUGUUGUCCGCCGACGAUGACUACCAGGAGCGAGUGGACGACCAAACUUUCAUCAAAGAAAAGGAAAUGCGGCGGCAGUUGAUGGAUAUGGAGUCCAGCUUUCUGCCGGAACCUUCGACCAUCGAAGUCGCAACCACGAACCGGAUUAUUGGUGCGGAUGAUACUUACUUGGUUGGAAUACACGAGGAGGAGCCUGUCCCUGAAGUGCUGGAAAGCACGCAGAUUUCGUUCGUGCCGCCCGAUGAUUCUAUACAUGACAUCGCAGCGGCCGCGGAUGGCACUCACACACCUCAAACGCCCACCCAUGAGCACAGACAGGACACAGCGGAGGAUUUGGACGCAACGCCUGCCGCUUCCCCCGAACGACAUGGUGACAACACCACUAUCCUGGAAGCGAUCCCAUCAUCUCCUUCGGCGGCCGCUGCAGCGAGGACAAGUACCCGUAACCAGUCUACCUCAUCCGAAAAUGCGCCCGACACCAGCCAUAUUGCUCGCGACGAUGCAUUUGAUCGCUCUCCUGUACCGGACGCAGACAUCUCACUCCAAUCCAGCCAUCACAAAAUUCGCAGCCUAUCACGCAGUGUGUCCCCUGGAACGUCGAGGCUGUUUCAUGACAACAGCGCGAAUGACGCCGAUACAGCCUCCCAUACGAGCAGUCGUCGAAGCAACCGACCGAAGUAUCUGACUAGUCGUAGUUCGGCCCAUCGGCUUUCAUAUUCCUCGGUCACGAGUGCGGGUACAGAAAUCACAAACAGUGAUGCGACGCUGGGCGCCGACUACGCACUUCAAUCAGGCGGUGCAGCGCCGGGCAACCCGGGUUUAGCGCAUGCCGGACAGCGCAACACAUUGGCCCGGUCGGUCAGCUUGGGAAGCAUGGCAUCAGGUAUCUCGGGAUACAGUGAUGAGAAUCUCUUUGAUCGGAAGAACCCUGGCGGGACCACGGAAGGAGGCCUACAGACCUUGGAUGAAGAGGAAGGCCCAACUCAGUCACGUCCGGGGUCGUCUUACCAAAGGUACCAGCAACAGCAGCAACAGCAGCAGCAACAACAACAACAAUCAGAGCAGCGCCCCCAACAAGAAUUCCAUCCCGAUGACGCUUCUGGACCGAUGACACCACGGGCGAAACCCCAAGACACCGGAUUUCCUACAGAUACGGUCCUCGCAGAACGUGUCAAAGACGUGCAGGUUCCCAGCGCAUUCGUGAAGCAGUUCCGGGAGGACUAUGGUAGCCGUGGAUUGUCUCCUGAAAAGCGGACGAGCGCCACUCCGGCCUUUGCCCGGAGUGGCCGCACCAUGACGCUCAAAGAGCAAAGCAGCACCAUUGACCGUCUUUCCAAGGAGAACUUUGACCUCAAGAUGCGCAUCCACUUCCUCAAUGAAGCACUGAAUCGACGCUCUGAGGAGGGCAUCAAGGAGAUGAUCUCGGAGAAUGUUGAGUUGAAGUCAGACAAGCUGAAGCUGCAGAAGGACAAUCAAAGCCUGAAGCGCAAGUUGCGCGAUCUCGAGAAACAGUUAAAAGACCAGCAGUCCGACAAGGAGUCGAUGCUGAACCAUGACCCCGAAGGGUCAGACGAGGAAGACCGUGACCCCGCGCAGGACGAGGAGAUUCUCUUCCUGCGCGAGCGGGCAGAGACAUAUGAACUGGAAAUCGAGCGACUCCGUUCGGAAAGCAUUGCCCGCGAAAGUGAGAAGAGACGACUGGCCGAGAUGGUGAAAUCCCUCAGUGACGGGCGGCCCAUGGGAUCGGAUGUUGGCGCCCGGGAGGAGAGGGAUAUGUGGAAGGACAUGCUGGAGGCCGAGACGGCGGCUCGCGAGCAGGCAGAAGAGGAAAAUAAGCGGCUGCGCGAAGAGACCCUGCGCUUGAAGAACGAGAUGAACUUCCCUGUCGUCGCCGCGCGAGUCGGGCAACGCGACAGAAUUGGCUCAAUGGCCUCGUACUCUGCUGCGUCCGAACGAGACUUCAGCCGCGAUCCCCAUACUGUUAGCUCAUCCAGCUCGACGCUGGUGAUGGAGUUGGAACUGCUCAAGCAAGAGAAUGCGGAGCUGAGAAAGGAGGUGAGCGCUCAGACCUCGAUGCUCACGUCCCGGAACCGGGAGAAGGAGCGGUUAUACCAGGAGAUUGAAGAGCUCAAACUUGGUCAACGCCGGGAUGGGACUCGAUCGGUUGCCGGCGACAGCAUCUUCGAUCGCUCGGCGUCCCGGGCACAUGGUCGGCCCUCUUCGCGCGCCAGCGAUGGCACGGGUCAAUCGCCGAGCGACGAUGCCGAGCGCGAAGACCUAGAAACGCGCGUAGGCCAGCUGCGCGACCAGGUGUCGGCUCUGAAGCUUGAAAACCAAUCUAUUCGGGAACAGCUGGAUGAGGUCAACCAGGAUUAUGACUCGCUGGACAAGGCAUAUCAGGCCGACAUAGCCGAAGAGCGCGAUGAAGCAUUCCAAAACAUCCGCGCAGAAGCUCAGGAAGAGCUAGACGCCAUGAGUGAGGCUCUGGAGCAGAAGGUAGAAGAGUGCCAGCGAUUGAGCGAAGAAGUGCGUGUUCAGGACGAAAACCUUCGGGCACUCCAGGCGGAGAUGCGCUCAGCUAGCGAGGGCAUUAUUCGGCUUGAGGAAGAUGCACAGAACAAUCUCCAGCGGUACAAGGCCGUCCAGCAGGAACUGGAGGACUGCAACCGCGAGAUGGAGUCGCUGGAGAAGGAUCUCUAUGAGGCUAACACUAAAGUACAACGGCUCACCGUGCAAAUUGAGUCGAGUCAGAAUGAGAUUGCGUUCCUCCGCGAGGAGCAGGAUGGCGACAAGAUCAAGAUCGGAGAUCUUGAAUCAGAGCUCAAGUCCUACCAGCUCAGCCUGCAAAGCGAGCGCGACAAGACACGCGAACUCGAGGAACGGUUGGCGGAGGAACGGCACCAGCGUGAAGUUGUGGGCAGCAAAGAGAAGCAAGAGGUGCAGCGCAUUGUCAACGAGCUGAACCGUGAGGCGACCACCGCCAAGGAGGAGAACCGCAAACUUAGGAAGAACCUGUCGGCGCAGGAGAUUGAAGCCGCAACCUGGAAAGAGCGGUUGCUGGACUUGGAAAACAACCUACGAGAGACGCUGGGUGAUCUAACCGGGAGUCGCUCUAGUCUGAUUUCCAACAUCAUGAAGCUGCAAAAGGAGCUGGAGUCGACGGCCCUGGAACUCGAAAGCACGCGAGCCAAGCUGGACGACAAGGAGUCUCUUCUGCGCAACCGUGAUGCGCUGCUGGAGAGUCAUGGGCUGGAAUCGCGCAAGCUGGCCGAGCUGCUCGACCGCGAGCGCCAUGCCCGCCGUGCCGACAAGCAGUCGUUCGAGCAAGCUCUCAAAUCCCACCACCAGGCCUCGCGCACCAUCACGCAGAACAACUCGCGCAUCUCGGAGCUGGAGAAUGCGCGUAAUCAAGAUCGCAAGCGCUUCACCACUCUGGAGCAGCAGUUCCGCGACCAGCUGAGCGAGCGCAACGUGAUGCUCCUAAACAUCUGGAAACGCCUGUCAGCCAUGUGCGGACCGGACUGGGCGCAUUCAAACAGCUUAAUCAAUGGCAAUCUCCCCAGUCAAGAGGUCAUUGGCAACAUCCUCUUCUGGCCCGGGUUUAGCCGCAACCUUCUGCUCGCUGUCAAGACCGUCGAAAGCGUGAUCUCGGGCUUCAAGUCGCGCAUCAAGGGUGUUGAACGGGAUUUGACCAAACAGUACCAGAUUCUGGAGCAUACCUUCAGUCUGCGCGUUAAGAAGCUUGACCGCCUCGAGGAGUCCAUGAUGAACAUGCGCGCACAACAGCACAGCCGGAACCAGUCCGGAAUGUCUCCUGAAAUGGCGAAGCUCCGGGGUGAGAACCGGCUCUUGAAGGCCGAGCUGAACCUGCUUCAAUCGCACUCACGCAGCCGUGGACCUGCCUCUGCGGCUGUCUCCGCCGCCGCUGUUGGCAUUGGAUCCAACUCCCCACGGUCACCGACACGUGCGCUGAGCCUAGAUCCUGGAGCCGAUGCAGAACCGGGCUCUCUGAUCCGUCAUCACUCAGCAGUCGAGAAACCCGCCCCGUCGCGCGGUCUGUCGCGGAGCGCCACCACUGGCAUCCCUCAACCCUCCCAUUCGGCCUCGACAACCUCGACAGCGACGCUCGCCAAUGAUGGGCCAGGAGCACUGGUGCAAGGUUCUCGCUCCCGACAUAUGUCCGCUGACCCGGGGAGCAACGAGAAGUGGAUUCAACGCUUGCAUGAGCUGGAGAAGCGAUUGAAGGCCGAACGGGAGGCUCGCCUUCUGGACCGAAGCGGCGCACGGCGGCGCCUGGAAGAGCGCGAUGCGGAGAACCAGCGACUCCGCGCGCAGCUCGAGCGACAGCGUGUACGCAAAGAGCUAUCCGGGGGCACGUCGACCGAUGAGGACGUGCGCGCGCGUGGUCAACGGCGGCUCGAGGGGUCAGAUCCGGGCACGAGUGACGGAUAUGAUCGGCGUCGGGACGAUGAGAUGAGCUCGAGCGAAGGCGAGGGCAUUUACGUUGACAUUGAGGUUUGA